UGCUUUAGAAGUGCCUUGAGCGCUCAUCGUGCUCGUUAAGACAUCUUAUUGACUACUAGUUGUGAGAGAACGCAACAGAAUCAAGCACUAUUUUAUCCAGUUUGCGUGUAGAUUGAUGGUAUGAAUCAUCAAAUGAUUUUAGGAGAUACUUUUAUUACUUUUUCUCCUCAUGAAUCUUACUGGACUCAACAGGCAGUUGCAGAAAUUGAGUUGAUGCCAUAAGAGUCUCGACUGUCGUCAGCUUCAGUUUUCUGCGUCUCCGCUCAGGAUGAACGGAACGUUUUUUAACCACACGGUGUUUACGCACGGCGUUCUGCUCAACCGCAGUCAAGAGCUCGCGGGGACACUAGUUGAUUGCUGCACGGGGAACGGGAGCGAGGUAACCGCAAAUGACGGUGGCGGGUCUUUAGUUCUCGCUCAGGACGAACGCAAGUUGUUCGUUACGCGCGUGGUGCAAAUCGCGGUGCUGUGCGUUCUUUCACUCACCGUGAUGUUCGGGAUCUUCUUUCUCGGUUGCAACCUCAUGAUCAAGUCCGAAAGUAUGAUCAACUUCCUGGUCAAGGACCGGAGACCAUCCAAAGACGUUGAGGCGGUGAUGAUCGGACUGAGUUAGCCACGGGUGUCACCUGUUCACACCCGGUUGUCCUCAGACUGGAAGCCGAAGAUAUGCAACUUACAUUUUCACUCCCUUCGCGUUCCGGAAAGAAAAGGCGAAGUGGAUGAACUGAAGCAAAGAUGACAGAUAUAAAGCUGCACGUUUACGAAAUGAGAAUGUAUUUAUUCCUGUUUACUUAGCUUUUUGUAUCUGAGGUCAUUUUGCUUGUGAUUUUUUACAGUGAAGUGUUUACACGUUUUUACCUCAGAAAAAAAAAUCAAAGUAUGUAUUUAUUGCAUUAUGUUUGUUAAAGUCUGCAAAUUAUAGGCUACCGGGGAGGGUUUUGGUCUUGCGAAACGAAAAUUGUAGCCGUCUUUGGUGCACCUAUUCUAAAAGUUGGUUAUCUAAAAUACUUUCAACAAGUGAUAAACGUGUGCUUUUUCGACGGACCCGCACAAAAUUGGUCGUAAUGGAAAGCACAACGUGUUUGUC